GGGGGGGGCGGCCCGGGGGGGGCUGUGGGUUCUGUCUGUGCCACCUGCUGUCUGUCAAUAAACCUCUCGACAUUCCUCCCGUUGGCCGUGUCCGCGGGGGCGGGGCCCGGGCUCAGCUGCCGCCGCACGUCACUGGCGGCCGAGGCCAUGGCCGGGAGCGGGGGCCGCCUGCCCCUCGCCCUGCUGGCCCCUGUGGCCGCCGGGGCCCGGGCCCUGGCCCGGGGGCUGGUGUUCCUGUGCAGCGAGCGCUGUGCCUGGCUCCUGGGCGCCCCCUGCCUGCGGCGGGCCUAUCACGCCUGGCUGGCGGGCGCCGUGCUGCUGGGGCCCCUGCUGCACCCCUUCGCCAACCCCCACGCCAUCCUCGCCAACCAGCGCAACUUCUUCAGCCGCACCUUCGUGGCCUCGGCCUGGGGCUGGACUUGCAUCCUGGCGGGCGGCUUUGCCCUGCUGGUGAGCUACGGGGCGACGGGCCGGGCGCUGGCCCCCCUGCGCCCGCUGGCCCGGCUGGCCGUGGGCACAGGGCUGCAGCUGGCCGCUGCCGCCGCCUUCGGGCUCGUGGAGGAGCUGACGGGCUACUGCUACGCCCCGCUGCCGGCCGGCACCCUGCUGCCCCCCGUGCCCGACCGCCCGGGCUGCCUGGCCGCCGGGCACCGCUGGCGUGGCUACCUGCCCUCCCGGCCCACCUUCCUGCUCACCUUCUGCAGCCUGCUGCUGGCCGAGGAGCUGGCAGUCUUCCGGCGCUACCUGGCCCGCGGCCACCCGGCCGGCACCCCCCUGCGCCUCGUCUUCCUGCUCAACGUGCUGCUGCUCGCCCUGUGGAACCUCCUGCUGCUGGGCACGGCCGUGUACGGCCCGGCCUAUGGGCCCCAGCUGGUGGGGGCCGCCGUGGCCACCCUGGCCUGGUACCUCACCUACCAGGGCUGGUACCGGGCCCGCUGGUCGCCAGGCCGCCCGGGGGCCGGCCUCUUCCUGAAGGGCGAGCUGCGCGCCUGAGGGCCCCAGGCGGCCGGGAGAAGCCCGGGCCCCUCCCUCGGAGCCUUGAAAGGGACCGCGGUCAGGGCGUAGAUUGGGGGGUGGGGGGAGUGAUGGGGGGGUGGCCUGCUGAGGGAACCCAGGCAUCCUGGGCAAGUGGAGGCAGACCUAGGAGGCCAGGUGCAGGAACCCAGGUGGCUGGGGAGGGCACCCCUGCCCGUCAUCCUCGAAAGGGGCUGAUGCUCUCUCCUGAGGGAAAUGUGGGGGGGGUAACUUGUGGGGGGGAACCUAGGUCUCCGGGAGUUGGGGGUUGUGAUGGGGGGGAACCCAAGUGUCUGGGGAGGAAUGGAGGCCCCCCUUCCUUUGGGGGGGCAGGAAGAGUGGCAGGGGGCUUAAUUCAGGGAUGGGGCUCCAGCGAUCUGGGGGGAUCCCAGCAUGGAGUGAAUAACAGUAGCAGGACCCAGGCAUCCGGGGCCCAAAUAAAACAUGGCCGCCUGCCCUCACGGG